AUGAAGAGACUAAGCAGCUCAGAUUCAAUGUGUGAUGAACAGAGUCCAAGAGGGUACGGAAGUAAUUUCCAAUCUAUGCUUGAUGGUUACGAAGAAGAAAGUAGCAACAACAACAUGAUCGAGGAAUAUUCCGGUAUGGGUUUAUCGGAGAAGAAGAGAAGAUUAAGAGUUGAUCAAGUCAAAGCUCUUGAGAAGAAUUUCGAGCUUGAGAACAAACUUGAACCUGAGAGGAAAACGAAACUAGCACAAGAGCUUGGACUUCAACCUCGUCAAGUAGCGGUUUGGUUUCAAAACCGCCGUGCUAGGUGGAAGACAAAACAGCUUGAGAAAGAUUACGGUGUUCUUAAAAGCCAAUACGAUUCUCUCCGCCACAAUUUCGAUUCUCUCCGCCGCGAUAAUGAUUCUCUUCUCCUAGAGAUUAGCAAAAUCAAAGGUAAGAUAAACAGAGAAGAAGAUAAAGCUAUGACGGAGAGUGAUAUCUCCGCCGUGAAAGAAGAAGAAGUUUCGUUACCGGAGAAAUUACUUCCAUCGUCUCCUCCUCUGUUUCUAGAACAUUCCACUGGUUUUAAUUACCGGCGAAGCUUCACUGAUCUCUGUGAGCUUCUACCAAAUUCCGUCGUCGAAGCUGGAUCUUCCGAUAGUUGUGAUUCAAGCGCAGUUCUAAACGACGAAACGAGCUCAGAUAACGGAAGAUUAACGCCGCCGGUGAAAGUUACCGGCGGAGGGAGUUUCUUACAGUUUGUGAAAACAGAGGAUCACGACGAUUUUCUUAACGGUGAAGAAGCUUGUGGUUUCUUCUCCGAUGAACAACCACCGUCUCUUCAUUGGUACUCUGCUUCCGAUCAUUGGACUUGA